UCUCUUUCUCUAAGGCUAUAUUUAUUGACUUGAAUAAAAGAAAUAAAACAAAAACAUGCCCGAAUGCUUUGCUCUCGGCUACUUUUGAAAUUGAUAUAAAAGGGCAGAUGUCCUUUUAUCAGGACCUCCAAGGAGAGGUAUGGUUGACUGGUACUUACCAAUCAGGAUUUCAAAAACCUGGUACUUGGAAUUAUUGUUGGACAAUUCAAAAUGGUUGCGGUGAUAUUCUUUUUAACCUCACUGAUCGAUUAUAUAUGGAAUAUGCAAAGGGUAGUAGUUGUAAUGGUUAUAAUGAUUCAAGACAUAAAAGGAGAGGUAGUUAUUAUAAAGAACAAUGUGAGGCUGGGGAAUGGGGUACUAAACCUUGGAUAGUUAAAGUGAGUGAUUUAAUCUGGGAUUGUGAUGAUGAUAAAGGUUUCAAAUAUCAAACUUGUAAGGGUAAAGAUAUUUAUAAAGAUAUGACGAUUAAUUAUACUGAAACAAAGCUUCCAAAGCGGCUUAGUGACCAGGGACCUACAAGUGGUCUUUAUUUAGUUAUUGAGGGCCAAAGUAAAUGGGGAAAACGUGAAUCUAUUACUUCACCUGCUGCAAUUAAUGUUAAUAAUGAAGGUAAUGUUAUAGCACCACCGCCGCCAGCAUAA